UUUUUAUUUGAAUUUAAUUAAGUAAUUCGAAGAUGAUACUGGUUUAAGAUUUUUUUUAGUAAGUUCUUUAAUAGUUAAAUUCGGUCGUAAACUCAUAUACUGUACAAUAUUGAUUUACAACAUGAUAAAUUAAUAUUUACAUUUAAUUAAUAAUUUCUUCGGUUCCAGCUCGAUAAAAUAUAUAUUAAAUUGUUAAAUUGAUAAUUUAAUAUUUUAUUAAUUUUGACUGUAUUAGCUUAUAGAAAUUUAACUGUAUAUACAAAUUUAAAUAUAAUUGUAAUUAUAAUUCAAGUCUAUAUCGCCACACCGUGACAUCGAUUUUUUCUUCCCCUCUCUCUCUCUCUUGCGUCGAUUCACCGCGGUUUCUCUCUCUAAAAUUUCUCCGAACACGUUGCCGCCCCUGCUCCACCGGUAACUGUUGCUUUUUACAUCUGAAAUACAUAAACCCAGUGUGAAUUGAGAUUGAAGUGGAUAAAUGGACAGCGAGAAGAAGCUGAUAUACCACGAGAGGCAACGAUUGCAGUUUUGUUUAUUGCACUCCCUCAACAAUCUAUUCCAGGAGAAAGAUGCGUUUACUCGAGAGAAUUUGAAUGCCAUUGCUGAAAAACUUGACCUCGAGGACCCAAACAAGACCACCCGGACCCCAUUGUCUGUAAUCUUUAAGCCUCACCAUAACGUACUGACUGGGAAUUACGAUAUUAAUGUACUCAUUUCUGCACUUGAAGAGAGGGGUAAAACGGUAAUUUGGCAUGAUCGCCGUUCUGGUGCAUCUUCAAUUGAUCUUGAUGGAGAUAAAUUAUUUGGCAUUAUAAUUAACGUCCGUGUAAGAAGGUACGGUGGUCUAUGGAAAGGUAGGCAUUGGAUUACACUGAGAAAAAUCGAAACAGUUUGGUACAAUUUGGAUAGCGAUUUUUCCGCUCCUUACCCUUUUAUAAACACAGAAGAAACUAGGGAGUUUUUGGACGGUGUUAUAUCAACGAGCGGAGAGCUUUUGCUCGUCAUGAAUGGUGAAAAUAAUGAAAUGUGAAAAAAACAGAAACGGGAUAAAAUUUAGCUUUAAGGCGUGGAUUUUUUUACGUGUUGCCACUGAUUCCCCGAUUCGUUUUUUUUUUUUUUGUGGGUUUAGAUAAUCAUAUUUCGUAUAAUCUUUACCCAGGAAAAAGAUUCAUGUAAAUACAAUUUCAGAAUCAUAAUUGAAAUGUAGAGUUUGUGUUGAACUGUUUGUAAAAUAAUAUGUUGUUUGAUUUUGCUCUGGAUUGAAUGUACCUGCAUAUCUGUCUCUACUGAUUGAUAUCUUGAAGUUUUAUGA